GAAAAGGCGUGGAGGGGAACCAAUGGAAUAUUACGUAAGAGAUUUAAUAAUUCUGCGAAAGGAAGCGAUGCCUUGGUGGGAAUAUCUUGCGCUCCCUGCCUUCUAAAUCUCUCAUCCCAUCAAUCCUCCUAAUUAUAUCUGCAUCCUGUGAGCCAUGGCGACAGCGCUGGGAAGAGCCAUCAACUUCUUUCUCUCCACCAUCUUUUACCCCUUCCGCUAUCAAGGAAACAACUAUUGGAGAAGUAGCAACACCUACUACUACAGCAGCAAUCCUAGCAGCAGCAACACCCACUACUACUUCGACGAGAGCUACAUCAGCAAGAACAUGGCCAAGGGACGACCACUCUCGCUGCAGACAGUGGAGCUUAAAGUGAGGAUGUGCUGCACAGGCUGCGAGAGGAUUGUCAAAAAUGCUAUCUUAAGGCUUAGAGGGGUUGAUUCAGUGGAGGUGGACUUGGAGAUGGAGAAGGUGACCGUGACCGGGUAUAUCGACGCGAACAAGGUGCUCAAGGAAGUGAGACGGAGCGGCAAGAAGGCAGAAUUCUGGCCCAAUCCUGAUCUCCCCCGCUACUUCACAUCGGCCGCCAACUACUUCAGAGACGAGGAAUCCUUUCGUGACAGCUACAACUACUGGCGCCAUGGCUACAAUGGUGACAAGCACGGCCAUGUCCCGGUGCCCCAACGUGGCGAUGACCGCGUCAGCAACAUGUUCAACGACGACGAUGUCAAUGCAUGCCAUGUCAUGUGAGGGGGAUCCGGGGACCAGCCUCUGUUCAUCACUACUACUUGGGUGUCAUGAUGUGGGUGCGUUGUAUGGUGUUAUUAUUACUGCAUGUAAUGGGUGGGGUAAUCUGCGGCUCUGUGGGAGUGUUCGCGCUGGAAGGUCAUAAUAGUCGCCGCGCAUGUGAAAAAAGGACAUAGAAAGUGAGUAUGUAUCACCUGUGGUCCGUGCUGCGGAGAGAUGUUCAGGUGUAAGGUUCAUCAGUUUAUCGUUGCCUUAAGUACUAUAUUUUUCCAUGCAAAUGAAAUGAUGAGAAAGUUGGAACA